AUGGGGUCCUCCUCCGAAUCGUCUGCUUCUCCAGUUCCAACCUCCACCUUCGAUGAGCGCUCCCUGCGGCAGAGCUUGCUCUUCGCCGGUAGCCUCAAGGUAAACUGGCGAAGGUGCCUUCUCUUGAUCCACUGACUCCAGCAUCAUCCAUGACUUGAUAUGAAUCAUAGAGUCGGAUGUUUGUUUAAUCAUGAUCAUCUUAGACGCUCUACUUCUUCCAUCUCUGGAGUUGUAUCACGUCCCUUCUCCUGGCCUAAUUCUCUCCGUGAUUCCAGGACUUGAGGAAUCUGCGGUCGCAGCUGUACUCGGCUGCGAGGUAUUUCGAAUCAUCUUACGCCAACGAUCCCCUGAAGCAACCGUACGAUGCUCGGUUAUCCCGCCUCCUCUGUAACUUCUUCCUAAUCACCAGAGACCUCUUAUCGAUUAAUCCCUGUUGCAGACCUCGGGACACGCUGAAACAGUACGUCGUCGGAGCUCUGGUCAACACUGUCGAUCACCUGGGUUCUGUCUCAUCCAAGGUCAGCGCUCUUAUCGGCGAGGACAUAGGGACCCUCUCUGAGACAGAGCGUCGAGUUUCUUGCCUCGAACAGGUAUUCCACUACCAUGAUCGUCAACAUUUGAAUUGGAUGUCCAUGGCCGAUAAAUCGGAUGUGAUCUUCUGGGUUCUCUCCUGGAUUGCAGAGGCUCCGGACAUGUCGAGCUCUCCUCGACCAUGAAGGGCUCUCUCGCCAAUCUCUGCCCACCGACCCUCAAAAGUGCCAAAAGCGUUAUGUUUUACCAGGCAAAUCAAAAUUUAUGCAAUUCCCUCUUUCUUUCUCUCUGAGUGUUCCUCUCUGCUCUUCUCCAUACCCUUUUGGUGGUGUUCUUGUUGGAUGAAGAUCGAAGCUCUGUUUCCUUUCUUCUCAGGGGGAGAAUCCAUGGCUGCUGGAUCCGGAAGCCUCACUAUGCCGGGUCGUCUAGAAACGAAGCCGAAGCAACACGAUGGGAGAGAAUUGCAGCCAUCUCGGGAGGCCGGUAAUCUCUUUUUCAGCCUCCUCACAAUCCCUCUCCCCUCUGAUUCCUCUCCUUCCAUGCGCUGCUUCAUGGCCGUUUAACCCGUUAUGCCGCAGCCCUCUGUUCAACACCCAAGAGCAGAACGUCUUCCUUCAGGUGAAACAUCGUUCCCUCCCCCCCCCUCUUUCUUUCUCCUCAGUAUCGCCUCCGAGGUUAUAACUGAUCUCAAGGCUGUCUUCUCUGCAGGAAGAUAUUCUCUUCGUCGUCCUUUCGGUGGGGCCGCUCCUCCUCUCCUUCUCUGAAAGUUCGCCCUCCGUCUCCCUUCCCCCCGGGAAUGUCUCUGCUUUCAGGUACCUCCCCUCCUCAGACGCCUCCUGAAAACACCGAGCCUCCUGCAUCGAUGCUCACUGUGGAUCUCCGACUCAGACUGCGCAGCCUUCUCCACUGCUCCAGAUCCGGGUCCCGAUCUCCGCCUCCGCUCUGUCUCUUUCUCAAUCCGACGCACUCCUCUCGGCUCUUCCAACAGCUGGUGGCGGGUGAGAAACUUCUCUCUCUCUCUGUUCUGGGUCUCUCUCGUAUGCUUGACAAUCUGAGUGCAGGGGCGUGAGGGACCUCGGAAAGCUGCGGCCACGAGCUUUCAUGGCGGAGAAGGCGACUGGGAUAAGGUCGAGCAGAGCCCGAAUAGAAGCAAGCAAACGCUGGGCGCUUUGUUGGGAAGGCGCAGGUGGGGGAAAGACGCCAUGA